AUGGAUUCGUGGAACGCUGUAGGGGUCGCCGUUGCCGCUCUCCGUCGCCAUUCUUGGUCGCCUGUUUCCGUCUAUUGCAGUCUUUCACUCUCUGUCACCAUCUCUCAGAUUUUGGGAUUCAAUGCCACCGAUGCUUAUUGUCGUAUGAAGGAUUAUGGUUUUGCCCCAAAUGUUGAAUCUUGCAAUGCGUAUUUGAGUUCUUUGAUGAAUUUGAAUCCGGCAGAUAUCGCAUUAGCAUUUUAUAAAGAAAUGCAGAGAUCAAGGAUUUCGCCGAAUGUUUAUACUUUGAACAUUUUUAUUAGUGCUCUGUGUAAAUUGGGGAAACUGGAAAAGGCUGUUGAGGUGUUUGGAGAGAUGGAAAACAUGGGUUGUGUUCCUACAGUUGUUUCUUAUAAUACAUUAAUUGUUGGACACUGUAACCAUGGCCUUCUGAGCACUACUUUGAAGCUCAAGAAUUUGAUGGAGAAGAAUGGGUUAUGCCCAAAUGAUGUUACUUUCAACACACUUAUUCAUGGGUUCUGCAAGGAAGGGAAAUUAUACGAAGCGAACAAACUUUUUAGUGAGAUGAAAGGGAUUGAUGUGUCUCCUAAUACUGUAACUUACAAUACAUUGAUAAAUGGGUAUAGCCAAGCAGGUAAUGUUGAGAUGGGUAGAAGGCUUUACGAGGAGAUGUCGAGGAAUGGGAUUAAGAAGGAUAUCUUGACUUACAAUGCACUGAUUUUGGGACUAUGCAAGGAAGGGAAGACAAAGAAAGCUGCUUAUAUGGUUAAAGAACUCGAUAGCAAGAAGUUAAUCCCUAAGUCAUUUUUGGGUUUGUUCGAUGAUGGUGGCUGAGAAGGAGAGGGAGGGCGGUG